GAGAAAGAGCGAGAGAAGAAGAAGCUCAAUUCAUCAAUGGAUUACCAGACUUCAUCGGCGUCUCUAUCGCAGAAGCUCUCCACCGGCCACUCCGUCUACGACGGCGUCUUCUCCUCCGCUCCCUCCAAGCUCACCGUCUCGUCUUUCUCCUCCACACUCCAAGACUACCGCGAGAUUUUCGGCGCCGCCGCAGCCUCUUCAAUUCCGGUUCUGGAAGUUCCGGAGCUCAAUGAGCAGAAAUCCUCAGUGGACGUCCGGAGCUCGAAGCUCGAUUACUCCAACGUCUUCGGCGGCUUCGCCGAUUCCGAUUUCGCCGUGCCGUAUGAUGAGCUCAUCGCUGAGCCGAAGAAGAAGACUAAGUUGCAGAAACAAUCCAGGAGACAAGCUGAAAGAGUGUCACCUCCGAAAGAGGCAAAGCGUUCAUGUUCAGAGGAGAAUAUUGAUUUAGGAAAUGAAGGAGUCUAUGAAUCUAUUGAUGGUGUUAAGAAGUUCAGCAUGUCGUAUAAUCGGAGCAACAAUAGAAGCAAAAGCUUUGCAGGUGUGCAUUCUGUUCCGGCGUAUACCUGCUUGGUUGAUGAGACCUCUCCGUCGCGCGCUACGGAGGGAGGUAGAGAUCAAUCAGUGUCAAUGUCGUCCGUGGCGAAAGAGAGGAGAAUGGAGGGGAACCGUUCUGCGAAAGCCAUGAGAGAACAGCCGGCUGGUGAUGCCGGAAAGCAGGCUUCUGGAGGAGGAGGUGUGAGGGCAGAGAAUGAUUCUAAUUGGCAGAGUUCGAUUGAUGAGUUAUUUAAGUCGGGGCAAGGAACUCAUCCUUCAAGCAAGCCUCCGCUUCCGAGUCAGGUUUCUAAAGUUGAUAAACCAGUAUCUUUAGGAGCAAAUGGUGCUUGCAUUGUCAAUAGUGUUGAGAGGAACAUGGGGGGCAACCCUCAGAUGAAAGCUGCAGGGGACCAGCCAGCUUCGGAUGAAAGUAAACAGACUUCUGCAGGAGUUUCCAAGGUUCAGAGGAAUUCCAAGUCGAGAAGUUCUGGCUCAAUCGAUAAGUUAUUUUAUUCAGGGGAAAUUGCGCAAGAAACUCGUCCUUCAGACGUGCCUCCGUUUUCAAGCAAGCGUUUUGAUGGGAAGGGUGAAUUUGAGGAAUCAGUGGCGUCUAUGUUUGGAGGGCUGAACCAUGAUGCUUUUAAAGGUGCUGACAGUGUUUCCUCACCACCUUACUUUGACGAGGAAGUAGACACAAACUCUGUUGCAGCUGCAUCUGUUGCUGCUUUGACAAAGGCAAUAGAGGAGGCUCAAGCAAGUAUACAACUGGCAAAGGAGUUGAUGGAUAGAAAGAAAGUUGGUCCUCAAAGUCGAGUGAAACUGAGCUUUGACAACAGUAUGAAACCUAAGUCGAGGAAGGUCAGUAAAUCUGCAGGCAAAGCUAGCAUAUCAAAAGAGACAAAGACUCGGGAACUAUAUGAGAAAGUGGAUAUUGCCCACGUUUCCGCAACUCCGGCAUGCAAAAGUGCAUCUACAAUUCGUGAUGUGAUGUUUACUGGAGAAAAAAUACGUGGAAAGGAAAUCAUAGAUGAUGCCAGCACAUUUACAAAGAAGAAGACCCAUGAAUUACAAGAAGAAGUUCAUGUCUCUGCUCUACCAGAACAAGUAACUGUAGCACUUGCAGACACGGAUAAACUCUGUGGUGUGGAAGCUCGAGGGAAAGUACGUGAACAGGAAUUUGAACCGGUUCCUACAGAUCACAAGCAUGAAGAAGCUGAUGACUCGGAAGCAGCAGAACAGUACUAUGAAUUUGCUGACACAAGUGAACCAGAUGUGUCGGAAGGAGCAGAACAGUUUUAUGAAUUUGCUGACAGCAGUGAACCUGAUGUAUCAGAAGCAACAGAAGAUUUUUAUGAAUUUGCUGACUCAAAUGCACACCAUGAUAUAUUAUUAGAGAAUCAAGAAGCCAACAAUACAAGGCAAAUGUUCCGAUCAGUAGAUGAUGAUGAACAGGAGAAGAAGACGGAUAUGGAAGCCUUGGAAAAUCUAGAGCAAGUUGGCAAGACAUCAAAAGCAGCAGAAGCCAAUAAUACAAGGCAAAUGUUUCAAUCUGUAGAUGAAGAUGAACAGGAGAAGAAAAUGGAUGGCAAGGAAUCAAAAGCAGCUACAGCAGAAGUACAAAAAGCAGCAGAAGCCACUAAUACAAGGCAAAUCUUCCGAUCUGUAGAUGAAGAUGAACAGGAGAAGAACACGGACAGGGAAGCCUUCGAAAAUCCAGAGCUAGUUGGCAAUACAUUAAAAGCAGCUACAGAAGAAGAACAAAGACAAGUGGAGAAUAUAUUCAAUGCUGUUGAAGAUGCAUCUGAGUUUGAAGAAAAUGAUGAUUUAGCAUCACCUCAAGAGUGUUCUAAUCAGGAAGAUAAUGAAAAGCCACAGGAAACUACCACAGAUCAUGACAAAAUAGGGAAGUUUAAAACAACACGUGCAAAGGAAACAUGUGAAGAGAAACAAGAUGGAGAUGAAAAGAGGUAUGAACCUCAGGAGUUACAGGAGACUGAACCUGUGAAAAUAGAAUCUGUGGUUCAGGAGUGGGUUGAAAAUGAGAAGAUUGACAGGGACGGUUGUAUGCUGGAACAGAAUGAUAUGGAACAAACAUGUGCCCAGAGUAAAGAAGACACUGACAGAAAUCUCACUGAAGAUAAGGAAGAGAUUAGUGAGACAGUGUACAGCUUUCAUGAGGAAGGUUUUGAAAAGAGACAUGAAGAUGACAGCAUGUCUGAAGGAGGAGAGAAUCUUCAAGACACCAGACCGAAUCAGAAGAUACUUGAAGAGGCUACUUGUCAGGAGUGUCAGAAUCGCCAAGAAGAGAGUUUUGAAUUUGUGGAUGCUGGUAGAAUGAAAAUACAGAUGGAUGAGAGCACAGAAAGUGAGAAAGUGCGGGCGACUCAAGAGGAAAAGAUUUUGGAUUGCAAUUUUGAGGCAGCAGAUAACCAAAAAGAGCAGAGUGUACAUGAUGACCUAGACAGCAAACAGGGAUCAGCUAGAGAUAUAGAGUGCAACCAAGAUGUAGAAGAUACUCUGGAGUUACCUAUAAACACAGAGGAUCGAGGGGGGAAGGAAGUAGCUGAAACUUCGGUUCAACUCGAAGAAAACAAGCACCAGACAGAACUAGUUGAAGAGGAGAGUGACGUGGUGGAGAAAGAUACAUGUGAAACAGAUUGCUCGACUCCGGGUGUCCAACUUCCAGAGAGGUCGAAGCAAAUGAAAGAUGCACUAGGGAUCCAUUCUGACGAAAAUGAAAUACGCACAAGUGAAAGUGAUAUGAGCUUUGUGCAAAAACAAGAUGACCAUCUUGCUGGAGAGCCCAGUGUAGACUACAAUGCAGACAGUCAGGUUGAGGAAUGUAAAGAAUCAGGAGAUAUCAAUAGUGAUAUGAUGAGUGCUGAAGUUGGUGUAACUCAGGAAAGGAACAAGAAUGUUUCCAAAUCUAGGAAAAGAUGGUUUGGUACUAAUGACGUUUCCGGAACUUUCAUUAAACUUGAGGAGGAUGGGAAUCAGUCGGAAUUAGUUGAAGAGGAGGACGUCGUGGAAGAGAAAGUGAUAUGUGAAAUAGAGGGCUUGGCUUCAGGUGUCAAACUUACUGAGAUACUGAAGCAAAUGGAAGAUGUAAUAGAGCUCCAUUCUUCUGACACAAAUGGGGCAAGUGUAUAUGGGCAAAUGCAAGAUGCCAAGCUUGCCAGAGAAUCUGAAGUAUCCUGCAACUUACAAAAACAUGAUAAAGAAUGUAGAGAUAUUAAUAAGGGCAUGAUGCAACCUGAAGUUGCUGCUGUGAACCCGGAGGAGAACGUGAAUAGUACCAAGUCUUCUCACAGGAAAAGAUGGUUUGACAAUGGGAAGGAUACAAAAGUAGCUCAGGCUCCUCAUAUCUUUGGUAGAAAAGCAGGAAGUGUGUUACUGGAUAUUGACGUGGAUACAAGCCUGUUUACAAAGAGAGAUGAAGUGAAUGAGGAUGGCCAACAAGCAACCAUGAGGCCGAAAGAGAGUGAAACCUUUCCCAGUUCGCUGAAAGAACUGGAACAAGAAAACAAUGCAAAUCCACAAACAUCUGCAGCAGAGAGUGAAACUGACCAUAAUUCGCAGGGAGUGGAAGAAAAGAGUCGAUCAACCCUGAGAGCAAAAGAGAACGAAACAAACUUCACCUCUCAAAUAGAAGUGGAAGGAGAAAGGGAGAGUCAACAAGAACCUCAGACUGCAAAUGAGUUUGAAAUUAGUGCUAGUUCACAAAAGGUACUGGAGCCGGAGAAUGAACAACUAAUUAGGAAAGCAGAAAGACGAAGGGAAAGGGAAAGACAAAAGGAGAAAAAAGCUGUUGCACAAGUGAUUCGUGAAGCUCGUGAAAGAUCAUUUGCUGAAACUCGUCAGAAGGUUAUGGCUGAGGCCCAAGGAAGGUUAGGGAAGACUCCUUUGCAGGCUAAUGAUACUUCAUUAACUGAGAAGGCUUCAAAGGAAGCCAAAGCCAAACAAAAAUGGGAACGUGCUGCUGUUGAAAGAGCAACAACAGAGGCUCGGGAUCGUGCCUUAGAGAAAGCAUUAUCUGAGAAGGUUGCUGCCGAGGCAGGUAAGCAGGCAAAAAGAUCUGUUCCAGAGAAAUAUGCUGGUGCUUCUACAGAUGGAAUGCAGGCUAAAAGAUCUGUUUCUGAGAAAUUUGCUGGUGUUUCUAGAGAUAAUGGGCUGAGCCGGUCCUUGGAUCUAGAGUCGAAAGGCUCAUUCUCUUCAAGCACAGCAAGAUCCCCAAAUUCUUCAUAUCAGCCUGAUCCUUCCCCAGCCGAGCAGUCUAAUGGAACUAAUGGUGAAUCAGCUCAAAGAUGUAAGGCUAGGUUGGAGAUGAAUCAACGGACAGCAGAACGUGCGGCAAAAGCUCUCGCGGAGAAGAAUAAUCGUGAUCUUCUUGUACAACAAGAGCAAGCCGAGAGAAAUAGAUUAGCAGAAGUUCUUGAUGCCGAGGUCAAAAGGUGGUCAAGUGGGAAGGAGAGGAAUUUGCGUGCAUUGCUCUCAUCAUUACAAUAUAUCCUUGGGCCUGAUAGUGGUUGGCAGCCGGUCCAUCUUACUGAUAUUGUUACCGCCGUUGCUGUAAAGAAAGCUUACCGUAAAGCUGCAUUGUUUGUUCAUCCUGAUAAGUUACAGCAACGUGGUGCAAGCAUUCAGCAGAAGUACACUUGUGAGAAGGUGUUUGAUCUUCUUAAGGAUGCUUGGAACAGAUUCAGCAUGGACGAGCGAUAAACUGUUCAUUGUGUACAUACGAACAUAGGUCAAUAAAGCAAACCAUUUCGGAGAAGAAUGGCGAAACACUUCACCUCCCAAGCCAGCAGCAAAAUCGUGCAUCUUGGAAUAAAUAGUUAUUAGGAAAUGUAUUCCAGGCAUUCUUUUAUUGACAUUAUUGCAGUUCUACCUAGAUUCAUGCUGCAACUCCAAGAAGCAUUUGCAUCAGACAGGACACUGGCACUAUUAAGCUUAUCCUCUU